AAGGGACACAGAGAGAGUGUGAAUAUAACUUAAGACCAUGGCAGCACGCUGGAGAAGAAUCCUGAUAAUAUUUGUGGCAGCUCAAGUACUACUUGUGGUAAAUACCUUUGAAGAAGAGGAUGUACCUGAAGAGUGGAUUCUUCUUCAUGUUGUUCAAGGUCAGAUUGGAGCAGGAAACUACAGCUACUUGAGACUAAAUCACGAGGGAAAGAUAGUACUUCAGAUGCGGAGUUUAAAAGGUGAUGCAGACUUGUACGUAUCUGACAUGACGCUUCACCCCAGCUUUGACGAAUAUGAGUUACAGUCUGUAACGUGCGGCCAAGACGUCGUCCACGUACCCGCACACUUCCGCCGCCCAGUGGGAAUAGGGAUUUAUGGUCAUCCCUCCCACCUGGAGAGCGAGUUUGAAAUGAAAGUGUACUACGAUCGAACAGUUGUACAGUACCCGUUUGGCGAGGCUUCUUACAACCCUGAGGAGAUGGAGGCAAACCAGAAAUACUCGCAGUCUACAGAAGAUGAAUCUCAGGAUGAGGAGUCUGUUUUCUGGACUAUACUUAUUGGAAUAUUGAAAUUAAUACUUGAAAUUCUUUUUUAAAUCGAUACACACUGGACUAAGUCACACUUCAGCCUGUGAAACCGAACAUGAAUGACUUGCUGUAAUAUUUAAUACUCUUUGUUUUGUUUCCUGAAGAGGUAUUCAGGUUACUUUUCCUAAACAAGAAAGGAAGUAGGGGAAAAAGCCAUAUUUAAUUUUAUAUUGCAAAUCCUCCCCUCUAUAAAAAAUAAGCAGCGAGCACAGUAUUUGUGGAGAUCUGG